AUGCAGAAUCUCCCUCUACCUCAGAGGAUGUUCUGUAAGGGUGGUGAACCCGACCAGAGGAAGAAAGUAAACAUCUAUUUCGUCUUGAAAUAUCUGGGCACGGUGAAGAAGGCGUUGGAGAAGCACAAGAAAGAAUGGUCACAGCUUUGGAAUUCUCAGUUCCGGUAUCUGCUUGAGCACGGUGGUGACGUAGCUUUUUCGGUCAAGUUCGCUCAUUUUAUGCUAUCGCGCCAGUUAGUGACGGAGAAGAAGCACGAAAUCUGGAUGCAAUUCGGUGGAGCGCCUAUCAGAUUCUCAAUUCAGGAGUUCUCGGCUGCUACGGGCCUAAAUUGUUCCAAACUUCCUGAGAUUCCUCAGAUACUUACGGAUGUGGAGAAUUUUGACAAGCAUGAGAGUACUUAUUGGGACGACUUGAUCGGAAAUGAUUUAGGGGAGAUAGAUGAUGAAUGGAUAGUAGAGAAGCUGAAUUCGAAGGAUUUCAAAGACCCUCGGAAAAAACUGCAGCUUUGUUGCUUGCUCCUUGUCGAUGCUCUUCUGUGUCCCAGGAAUCUAGACAGAAAGAUUUCUGAAGUCCAUGUUGAACUCGUUCGUGAUGUCGAGAAAUUCCUCAAUUAUCCGUGGGGAAGAGAGGCAUUCUCACUGGCCAUGAACAGUAUUAAAACAAGAGGGGCUGAGGGUUUGUGCCAGAAGACCCUUGCUAUACAGGGGUUCCUUCAUGGAAUGCAACUAGCAAUGCUGAAAUGCAUUCCACAUAUCAAAACUCGUGCCACCUAUACGCCCGGAGCAAAGAAGAAGAAGAAAGGUUCCACAUAUGCAACCACCUCGGACGAGGAGGUUGAGGUUGAUGAUAACACCAGUCUGAAGCCAUUAACCAUAAAAAUGUCUAAAAUCCACGACAUGGACAGCAAAGGGAAGUCCUCUGUGACCGCGACAUUGCCUGUAGUGGAAGGGAGUGAGGAUGAUUUUAAGUUUGAUGAUGAAGCAGUUGAUACAAAGGUGAAUAAUCUGCUGGAACGCAUUGUCAAUGGCCCCGCUUUCACAAACCGAUGCUGGUCAGGAGGCAAGCAUUUCAAUGAUGUACCUCCUUCUGUUCGACAGGCUAAACGGAAGAGUGCCACUGCUUCUGGUACGGGAACUACUGAUGAAAUGCAUGUAGUUGCUGAAGAAAUAGCUGGUUCUUACCACAAGCAGGCGAUGGAGGCCUUGCAACAGGUGGAACUUAGGUUUUUGAAACAGAUCGAAGAUCUUUUGAAACAGAUCGAAGAUCUUAAAGCUGAGCUUGCUAAAAGUAAGUCCACUGCCACCGAAAAGGCACAUGUGACGGAUGUUGAUAAGGAUGCACACCCAAACACCGAAAAAGGAGAGAAUGAUAAGGAAAGAGAUCUUUCUUCUAAUGAUAAAGAGGGUGAAGAAGACCAAGCCUCUCCAACAGAUAAGAACACCGAAAAAGGAGAGAAUGAUAAGAAAAGAGAUCUAUCUUCUAAUAAUGAUAAAGAGGGUGAAGAAGACCAAGCCUCUCCAACAGAUAAGACAGCUUUGAUGGAUGAUGAAAACAAUGGACCGGAAUCAAACAAAGGAAAAGGUGAGGUGUACCAUCUUGAUUCGUCCCAGGAUAAUACUGAUGGGGAGAAUGCUGAUUUACGUGAUGGUCCUAAUGCCAUGGAGAUAGAUACACAGAAGGUCAUCCCUUCUACUUCCGAAAUCGCUAACGAGACAAUGGACAUCUCAACAUCUGAUGCUGAGCAGUCAUUUGUGUGUCCCGACAAGUCAAAAACAAACUCGAUCAUUCCUCAGAAGAAAAGAACGGCCAAGGCGGUUGACCUGCCUCAAACAAGCAGUAAGGUACAGAAGACAUCUACCUCGGAGUCCCUGGACGAAGACAAGUUCGAAACAAGGAAGGAAAUACUUGUACGUGACUCGAUCCAAGACAACGUAUCUGUAUCAAGGAAAAAGCUUCUUGUCCUUGAUCUUAAUGGUCUGCUUGCAAACAUAAUUGAUUUCAAAGAAGCUUCUGAUCAAGGAUUAAAAGGAACAACACUUAAGUGUAGGAAGAUAAUGAUUAGGAGACCUUUUUGUAAAGAUUUUCUCCGAUUCUGCUUUGAAAAGUUUGAAGUUGGUAUCUGGUCCUCGAGAAAAAAAGCAAACGUUGAAGAUAUCUGUACGCACUUGCUUGAAGAUUUUAAAGGAAAACUGUUGUUUUGUUGGGACAUGGAUAAGUGUACUAAAACCGAAGCUUCCUGCCUUGAUAACAAGAAUAAGAAAGUGGUUUUCAAGGAUCUAAGCCUGAUCUGGAAGAAGGGUGAUUACAGUAAGAGUAACACGGUUUUGCUAGAUGAUUCUCCUUACAAAGCGCUUCUUAACCCACCACAUACAGCGAUAUUCCCUUCCACAUACAAUCAUGGAAACGAGAAUGAUACAUCGUUAGGUGAUGAUGGUGAUCUGAGGCUGUAUUUGAAGAAGCUAGUAGAAGCUGAGAAUGUCCAAGAAUUUAUCCAAAAGAAUCCAUUUGGACAAGAAGCGAUUAAAGAAGGAAAUAAAGAUUGGCAAUUCUACAAGGAAAUAAAAAUAAUUAUUGGAAAUAAUGUGUUUUGUACUGUGGGAGAGAUAGUGAAGAGAUUAAGUUUGGAACAGUUUAGGUAG